AUGCCAAAAUACUACUCGCAAGGAACAGACUGCGGCUCCGGAGUGGAGUUGAAACCCGCUCACCUGGAUACCUCACCUUGGGUGCCGGAAUCCGUACUUGGCAAGCACCUCAGGAAGAACCUCCACUUAUUUCUGCUCGACAUUCCAGCUAAAGAGUCAUGUUUCAAGGCCGCCAUCAUGAGUGCCGAAUCAGAAAGAACUGCUCCUGUUGCCUCAUGCUUAUUCCCAAACCCACUUAGCGGUGUCUGGGGGCUUUCGGUGCCAUGGCGAUACACAGAGCAUGUUCCUAGUACUCCACCAUAG